UUCAAAGCUUGUUGUUGAGCCGUUAGAGCGGCAGAUCAGACAGAACCACCCACCGCGGAGUCAGACUCUCAGACCCUCAGAGCGGCUCUGAUAUGUGUUAAAGUUCACAUUUCUCUGGAAGCAGUUAUAGCGCAGACAUGUCGUGGGAUUUCGUUGUUCCAGUUUCUUUGGAUGACCUGUUAAAAUCAGGAGCCAUCAACCAGUAUGUGGUACAGGACGUACUGUCUCCUAAACAACUGCCCUCUCAUCUCAGCAGCUUUAAAGCUGCUUUGAGGAGCCAGGGCCCACUGUGCGUACUGGAACAUUUUGACACUGUGUACAGCGUUCUACAGCAUUCUCGCACAGUGGAUGUGGCUUUGAAAGAGGACACCCUGGAGUUUCUCAUACAAGUGGUCAGGGGCCUGUCUGUCUCUCUGCCGUCCCUCCUCAUGUCUGGCACUUUGUCAGCAGCGGACCGCAAACAGCAACUGAAUGCAGUCAAGAUGAGUGUGUUUCUGCUCUGUAAACUCACAGAGAACCUAGAGAGUGACUCCUGCAGGGAGAGCAUCGUCACCGCUCCCAGCAAGGGCCGAAAAAAGGAGAAAGCAUCUGGUAAGGGUUUGCAGCAGUGGGACAGUGAGAGAGAAACAGUGCUGCAAUGCCUGACACAGCUGCUCCAGCUGGAUAUCCGCUCCCUGUGGAAUCUCUCUCUGGUGGAGGAAGAGUUUGUCAGUUGUGUGACCUGUUGUUGUUAUAAGCUGUUGGAGAAUCCCACUAUCGGUCACAUGAAGAACAAACCCACACGUGAUGCCAUCAUCCACGUGCUGGGAGUGAUGGUGAAGAAAUAUAACCACAUGCUUGGAGCAUGUGUGAAGGUGAUUCAGUUGCUGCAGCACUUCGAACAGCUCUCCUCGGUGUGUGCACAGGCGGUUUCAGCUUGGAGCUCCGAAUAUGGAGUCAAGGCCAUUGUAGGAGAGAUUAUGAGAGAGAUUGGGCAGAAGUCCAGUGAUGAGUUGGCCAGAGAGGGCUCUGGAGUGAAGGCCUUCUCUAGUUUCCUGUCUGAACUCAGUACUCAAGUUCCUGAAGCCAUGAUCCCAAACAUCAGUGUACUCCUUACACACCUGGAGGGAGAGAGUGCGUGUAUGCGUGUAGCGGUGUGUGAGGUGUUGGGGGAGGUGCUGGUACGCGUGUUAAGUGGUGAUAAGCUGGACGAUUCUGGCCGAGCAGAUCGAGAUCGUUUCCUUGACACGCUUCAAGAGCACAUUCAUGACGCACACUCUCAUGUAAGGGCUCGGGUGCUGCAGGUGUACAGCCGAAUUGUCAACAGCAAGGCUUUGCCAUUAUGUAGAUACACUGAAGUGAUGGAGUUGGCUGUUGGUCGUCUUGGUGAUAAAUCAGUCCUUGUGUGUAAGAGUGCCAUCCAGCUGCUGGCUGCCUUCAUCGCUCAUAAUCCAUACAGCUGCAAGCUGAGCAGUGUGGACUUAAAGAAGCCUCUUGAAAAAGAAACGGCCAAACUCAAAGAGAUGAGAGAGAACAUGAGUGAGAAAGCACCAGUUGCUGUAAUCUCAGCGGCUGAUUUAUGGGCUGCGAUGGAGCCGGAGGUCUCUCACACAGUCCGAUCUCACUUGGAGGUUGGAAGUGAUGCAGAAAGGGAGGAGGAUGAUGAAGAGGAAGAGGAGGGUGUACAGGACAGGAGCGACCGAGACACUGCUAUCCAAAUCGCCCAGUAUCUCAGACAUAAUAAAUACAGGCAGGCUGUUCGCCUGUGUACACAAGCCCACAGUCUUUAUCCUGAGUCUCCAUUCUUCUCCGCCCUGUCGGAUAUCAACCAAGACACUCUUCUCAGCACACUGGCUUCUCUCUUCAAAGGUCCCGAGGAGAACCAGGCGUCAGAGCCCGUAGCGAGUGAUCAGCCCCCCACACCACAGAAGGAGGGAGGAAAAGAGGCAGAUGACGGGAAGGAAAAUGAACUGAAAAAGCAGGAGAUGUUGGUUCAGUACCUAAAAGAUACAGAGAGCUUUGCCCUGCAGGUGGAGAGAGCCAUUGCGGUCAUUAACAACAUGCUUUACUGGAAAACUACUACAGUGGUUCAGGAGGCAGUUCAGUUCUGUGUUACUGCACGUGAGUUCAGCGUAGCAGACUCCGUGUGUGGGGUGAGGAAGAUGUUGCCUUUGGUCUGGUCUACUGAUGCUGCAGUCAAAGAUGCUGUGGUACAAGCGUAUAGACGCCUCUACCUCAACCCUCAGGGGGACAGCACUAGAGCCAAGGCCCAGACUCUUGUGGAGAGUCUUUCUGAGUUGAUGAUUGAUGCCUCAGUGGGAACCAUCCAGUGUCUGGAGGAAAUAGUGCAAGAGUUUUUCAGCAAUGAGAAUGCCUUGCAGGCAUCUGUGGUGCAGGUUUUGUGGGAAAGAUUCUCAGGGAAGAGGGAGACCUCUGCACUGCAUAAGAGAGCUGCAGUCCUGCUGCUGGGCAUGGCGGCACGUGCUGAAAGGGAGGUGGUGCUCAGUAACUUGGACACGCUCUGCUCUGUGGCACUGGGAGAGAAGGUGACUGAAGAUUACCUGUUGGCAAGAGACACAGUCAUCACCAUCACCAAUAUUACUGACCAUGUCAGACAAUCUAAAGGACUUCCUUUCAGGCUGCCUGUGGAUCACCAUCUUUUCAGCUGUCUGACACAGGCCAUUGCUGAUGGAGUGGUCUUGUCUGACCCCCACUGGCAGACUUUCAUGGAGCAGGCCAUUCGUCUCAUCUAUUUUCUGGCUGAGUCACCUGACAAACUGUGUGCCCGGCUCCUUCAGCGGUCCGCUCGACUCCUGUUGGAGCAGGUUACGGAGGGUGGGGAGCCCAACCAAUCGCAGAUAUCAGAAGGGUCUCAGGACUCCGAGCAGCAAGUGAGCUGUGUGAGUUUGGCCCAGUUGUUGUCUCUGUGUGGAGCUGUGGCUUUCUGGCAGGUGUCUCACCUAGAGAGGAGUGUGAGUACUGAGCUGCGGAGGAGGAGAGGAGAGAAGGAGGAGAAAGAGGAAAAAGAGAAGGGGCCUGUUGGCAAGAACAAGGAGGCCAAUGACAGCUGUGUGGAGGAGGAGCUUGGGCUGACUGGGGCCUCAGCAGAGGACACAGAGGCAGAGUUCAUCCGGAAGAUCUGUGAAACAGAGUUGUUGGCUGAUGGGAACAUGUUAAGUGUGUUCCUGCCUUUGCUGGUGAAAGUCUGCAGUUCUCCUGGACGAUACUCUCACACACAGCUCACCACUGCUGCCUGCCUUGCCCUUUCCCAGUAUAUGAUGAUCAGUCCAACAGUAUGUAAGGAUAAUAUCCGUCUACUCUUCACCGUGUUGGAGAAAUCAUCUCUCCCAGUUGUCAGAGCAAACACCAUCAUUGCCCUUGGAGACCUGACUGUUCGUUUUCCCAACAUUCUGGAACCAUGGACCCCCAACCUGUAUGCCAGGUUGUGCGACGAAAACGCAUCAGUACGUCUGACUGCCAUCACAGUUCUGACCCAGCUGGUGCUGAAGGAUGUCAUGAAAGUCAAAGGUCAAGUCAGCGAGGUUGCUGUGCUCCUGCUCGACCCCGAGCCACACAUCGCCAGCCUAGCGCUCAACUUCUUCAAUGAGCUCUCUGCAAAGGAUAAUGCUAUUUACAACCUGUUGCCAGACAUUAUCAGCCGAUUGUCAGAUCCAGAGAGAGGGAUGAAAGAAGAGGAUUUCAACACUAUUAUGAAGCAACUCUUCUCCUACAUCACCAAAGAAAGACAGACAGAGAGUUUGGUGGAGAAGCUCUGUCAGCGUUUCAGAACUGCAAAGACAGAGCGUCAGUGGGCAGAUUUGGCUGUGUCUCUGUCUCUGCUUUCCAUGUGUGAGCGGGGCUUUAAGAAGCUGCAGGAGUGCUGGGAUUGUUACAGUGACAAGCUUGCUGAAGAUGCAGUGUACCAGCCUGUGCUCUCAAUCAUGGCCAAACUCCGCCGCAGAGCCAAGCCCCAGUUUAAGGCUCAGGUGGAGGAGUUUGAGAAGAAGCUGACAGCUGUGCACUCUAAAGGUCUGGAGAAUGUUGAAAACGAGGAGCGAGAACAGCAGCUAGAGGAACAGACGCACAGCGAGAAAACACAGACACCUCUUCCCAAGAGCGCUCGCAGACCAACACGAGGGCGUGGGAAGUCCAGAAAGGAUGAAAGUGAUUUAGUGACCCCUAAACGCUCCCGUGCUCGCCCUAAAAAAGUUAUUACGUUCAGCAGUGACGAGGGAGAAGACGAAGAAGAUGCUGUCAUGACAGAGAAUGAAACGCCAAAAGUGACUACGCCCAUCUCCCGAACCCGACGCACUCGUCUUCGCCACUGACCCCUCCACUGUUCGCUACCCUUGUUCCUGUUUUUAUCCUUCCAUUUUAGUUUCUUUCACUGUCAGUGGUCAUUUAUUUUUCCUAUAUUUCUGCUUUUAUUAAAUAUUUCCUUUUAUUUUUGUCUGAUUUAUCAAAAAGAAUUAAGUUUUAAGUUGUCUUAAGUUGUAUAGAGACAGCACUUUUGUAACUUCUCUACACCAAGCUAAUUCAUGUUUUUAUUAAAUUUGGUCUUUUUGACCAUUAAAACA